AAAUAACAUUAAUAAAACUAAUGAAAGGUAUAAAAGCUCUUGCAAAAAUACUUCACAAUCAGUUAGCACCUACUAAAACAGUCGAAAACUUCUAAAAUUAAAAUGAAAUACUUGAUCAUUGUUGUUGCAUUAGCACUCUUCGGAGGAGCCCUUGCUCUUGAAUUUGACAGACCAUGUCGGCUUGACGAACAAUCACCUCGUGUCAAGAGAGACUUUCAAGUUGUUACGUAUAUGGGAGUGUGGUACGAAAUCAGACGUUAUGAAGCUGCCAACCAAACUGAUUUCGAUUGUACAAUGGCUCGUUACUCACUGAAUGCUGAUGGGUCCGUUCAGGUUGCUAAUUCAGGAUACACUGCAGGAGGUCAAUUCAUUGAAUUCAUUGGCCGUGGAGUUCUCGCAAGUCCAAAUGACAAUCCAUUACUUGCAAAAUUAGAAGUUCAAUUCGUGCCACAACAACCCCCAUCAAUUUUAUGGAUUCUUGCAACUGAUUAUGUCAAUUAUUCAAUCGCAUGGAGUUGCUCAAAUCUUCCUGGAGGUCGAUCCAAUGAAGCUGCAUGGGUUUUGUCAAGAACACCAACAACAUCAGAAGCUGUGAGAAUUCGUUAUGAACAAGUUCUUCAGGAGACUGGCAUUUUCUUAGAUGAGAUGAGAGAAACGAAUCAAAAUUUGGAGUUCUGCAGACUUCCAAUUGGAAAGAUGAAAUAUUUAAUUAUUAUUUCUUUGGCACUUUUUGGAGCUAUUUUGGCUCGUGAGUAUGACAGACCAUGUCGAUUAGACGAAAUGUCAGCUCGAGUCAAAACUGGUUUCCAAGUUCCGACGUUCCUUGGUGUCUGGUAUGAAGUCAGACGAUACGAAGCCCAAAAUCAGAUAGGUUUUGAUUGUGCUAUGGCUCCUUACUCAUUAAAUGCUGAUGGUUCUGUGCAAGUCAUCAACUCUGGGUAUAGUCCGCAAGGUCAAUUUAUUGAAUUUAUUGGACGAGCUGACUUGACAUUCCCAGACAGUAAUCCAUUAGUUGGAAAAUUAGAUGUUCAAUUCGUACCAGGACAACCAACAUCAAUCUAUUGGACGUUAGCUACGAAUUAUGCUGAUUAUGCUGUCAUAUGGAGUUGCCGUCCCCUCCCCGGAAACAGAUCGAAUGAAGCUGCUUGGGUGCUUUCAAGAACACCUCAAACAUCAGAUGCUGUAAGAUUCCGAUAUGAAGAAAUUCUUCGAGCUAAUGAUAUUGUGUUGGAAGAAAUGAGAGAAACGAAUCAAGAUUUGGAAUUCUGUCAAAGUCCUAGAGCAUAAGGAAAAUUUUUCAUGUCAAUUUGAAAUUAAGUAAAGAUUAAAACAA